CACCUUUUUUAUUAUUAUUUAACCUUUAAAUUAGCAAGCAUGUUUUCACCUGCCAUUAAAAGAAGUCUUGCUAUUGCAGCUGCAAGUAGUGCUUGGGUUGCUACUGCUUCUACUGCUUUUGCCGAAGAAAAGAAAACUAAGCUUAGUAUUUACGAUGAGCCUGAACCAAAAGUUGUUAUUAUUGAAUCACCUACUAAACUUGAAGAGCAGGUUUAUAUCGCACAAAAAUAUGCCAAUAAAACUUUAGAUGAGGGAAAGAAUCAUGUUAAUAGUUGGAUAAAAAAAUAUGAAGACUUUGAAAAUGAUGUCAAAAAUAAUAUUAACAAUACAAUUGAUAAAGAUGAAGAAUUAUUUCCAAAUCUAUUCUAUGUUGGUGUAGCAGCAUUAGCUGGUACGAUUAUUGCACGUAAUAGAAAUAUUGUUAUUCGCUUUUUGACUUCUACCACUUUGGCUGUGGGUACUUCAUAUUAUUUAAUCCCCAAGACAACUCAUAACAUUGCACUUCAACUUCAAAGAUUAGAACAAAGAUAUCCUCCACUUCAAGCUGCACAUGAAAGUGUCAAUGAAACAGUGAAUGAUGUUCGUAAACAAAUCGACGCCACUGUAGCUCAGUUACGUGGUGCCGUUGAUGAAAAUACAAUCAAACUGCGUCAACAAAUUAGGCAAAAUACAGAACAAAUCGGAUCUAACCAUCAUGACAAAUUUGAACAAGUAAAAAAGAAUGUAGAAAGCAUGUAUUCAACUAGAUCAAAGCCUGGAGUUGAAGAAACAUUAAAGAAAGAAAACUAAUUGAUAAUAAAUGCAAACAUUAUUUAUUUGAGUGAAUGGCUUAGGGCUAUAUAUAUAAAAAAAAAUUAAACUUGUUUUAUUAUGAAUGCUUUAUUGUAUGAAAUGAUAAAAAAAAAUGCUUCAAAUGUGUUGUAGCUUAUUUCGAGGUAUUUUGUGUGUAUAUAAUAGCUACCAAAAAUUGUUUGCAAGCCAACUCAGAUAGAUAGUAUUUCCUUUAAGGGGAGAAUAUACAUAUACAUUUAAAUAUAUGUUUUUUCCCGAAGAAAUCAUGUAAUUCUUCUUAGAUCUUGCAAUAUUAGAAUAUUAUAAAAAAUAUUGACUGCCAG